AUGAAUUUCGACCAGAAGGCCGUGAAAUUCCUGGCAAACUUUUACAUCGACGGCGGCAAACACUGGACCCACGGCCCCCUGCGACAGGAGACCUUAAUGCCGCUGCGGCCCGAGGCUGUGUGGUGGGGCCCCUGCCCCUGGGCCGGCGGGAAGGUGCGGCCCCCGGCGGUGCAGGAGUUCCCGGAGGGCCUCCGGGUGAACCUGGGCAGCCUCCCGGAGUCCUGGCGGGUCUGCACCGGGGACUGGGACCGGAAGCAGCUGUGGCUGGAGCAGCACCCACCCAUCCCGGUCGCCCUGGACUAUCCCGGCCCCGCCACGUACCGGGUGCCCGAUGCUUCGGUGCGCGAAUCCUCCCCGCACCCCCACUUCAGCAUCGGCCGCAAGCGCCCCAUCCCCGAGGCCGCUGGCCGCGGGGCCUGGCAGACGGUGUGGAUCCAGAGCGAGAGGCCCUUCAGUGAGAAGGACCCUCUGCGGCCCCCGGGCGAGAGGCGCCCCAGCCCCACCGCCUACGACAUCGCUCCCGGGCGCCGGCUGCAGAGCCUGCGCCCGCCCGCCUUCUCCAUGAGCCGCUCGCCCGCCUCGGCCUCCUGGGUCCACGCCUCCCGCAGCCCCGGGCCCGCCGCCUACCACGUGGAGGACUGCUACAACUCGCGCUUCCCCACGGCGCCCGGAGUGCUCAUCCAGGGCGUGCGGAGGCCUAAGCGCCACGAAACGGGCCCCUUCUGCUCGCUGUAG